AUGCAGGAAGAGUAUAAAUUGGAAUCUUUUCCUUCAUCACAAUAUCCUAAUAGUGUCACAUAUGGGGUAGGUGACAGUGAAUACAAAGAAUACAAUGCAGAUGAAGUUCUUAAAUUGGAAAAUAAAAUAUCAGAACAUAAAGAUUUACUGAUAUCGCCUGAUGAAGAAACUAUAUUGGGUGAAGAAACUGGAGUUGUAAAGGAGACUGAAUUGAAAAGAGGUUUGAAGGCCAGGCAAGUGGCCAUGUUAGCCUUGGGUGGUACAAUCGGAACUGGUUUAUUUAUUUCAACAAAUGGUCCAUUGCAAGAGGCAGGUCCAGUAAACACUCUUAUAGCCUAUUUGUUUAUUGGUUGUCUAGUCUUUUUGGUUACCCAAAGUUUGGGUGAAAUGGCUACUUUGAUCCCUGUGUCGUCAAGUUUUGUUGUUUUCACACAAAGAUUCUGUUCCACUGCUUUGGGAGCUGCAGUUGGCUACACAUAUGCUUUUUCUUGGUUAAUUACACUUCCUUUGGAAAUUUCCGUUGUUGGUUCCCUUAUUGCUUUUUGGACAGAUGUAGUUCCAUUGGCUGCCUGGAAUAUCAUAACGUUAGUGUGCGUUGUGGUUGUUAAUUUUAUGCCAGUUAAAAUUUAUGGGGAAGUGGAGUUUUGGAUUGCUUUAAUCAAAGUUGUGGCUAUUAUUGGGUUUUUGAUCUUUGGGCUAGUGAUGGUUUGUGGUGGUAGCAAAAAACAGGGACCAAUUGGGUUCAGAUAUUGGAGAAAUCCUGGACCCUGGGGACCUGGUAUAAUUUCCAGUAAUAAAAGUGAAGCCAGAUUUUUAGGAUGGGUAAAUGCAUUAAUCAGUGCAAUGUUUAGUAUGCAAGGUGUCGAAACAGUUGGUGUUCAAGCUGGUGAAGCUGCUAACCCAAGGAAAACCGUUCCCAGUGCCAUUAGAAAAGUUUUUAUUAGAAUUUUAUUAUUUUAUAUUGGUACUUUAUUUUUUAUUGGUAUGAUUGUUCCAUAUAAUGACCCACGUUAUUUGGAUAACUCAACGUAUAUUUCCUCAUCGCCUUUUUUGAUUGCAAUUGAAGAUUGUGGUAUCAGGGUUUUGCCACACAUUUUCAAUGCUGUUAUUUUAACAAGUGUGUGUUCGGCAGCCAACAGUGACUUGUAUUUGGCUUCGAGAACAAUGUACUCUUUAAGUAAAAUGAAUCUAUUACCAAAGUGUUUUAGUAAGACUACGAAAAAUGGUAUUCCUAUUUACGGUGUUGCUUUGGCAAGUCUAUUUGGAUUUUUGUCCUAUUUGCAGUGUGGUGGUGCUUCAGCUCAAGAGGCUUUUAACUGGCUUUUGGAUAUUACAGCUGUUUCAGCUACCUUUGCAUGGGUGUUUAUUUCUAUUUCCCACAUCAGAUUUAUUAAAGCUUUGAAGUUUCAAGGUAUAUCUAGGGACGACUUACCUUUUAAGGCGUUAUUCAUGCCUUAUGGGGCCUAUAUAGCUGCAUUUUUCUUUUUGUUGAUUAUUUUUAUCCAAGGGUUUACUGCUUUUUGUCCCUGGAAUACUUCCAACUUUUUUGCCGAUUAUAUCUCCGUUAUGUUGUUUGGUAUUUGUUGGAUAGGAUGUCAAUUGUACACAAUGUCUGAAUUUACAAAAACCAAGUAUUUUUUUAAGGUCAAGUUUCAUUAUGAGCCUUGGUUAGUAAGAAUUCAAGAUAUAGAUUUAAAUAGUGAUAGGAGAGAUAUUGAUCAAGAGGUUUGGGAGGAAGAUGAAAAACCAAAGAAUUUUUUUCAAAAAAUAUGCGAUAUUUUGAGUUAG